CUGCUUUAGAUCAUCUCUCAACACAGUCACCUAUCCUCUGUCGGGAUCUCCUGCCUUCAUUCGCUCAGUCUAGAUCCUGUUAGUCUCGACCAUCUUCAUAAAAGCACACCCAGUCUUUCUCCCCUGGAGCGAGCGAGCAAGAGAGAGAGAGGGAGAGAGAGAGGUGUCACAAUAAAUCAGGACAACAUCAGGCAAGAGACCAUUUCAGUCAACAGACACAAACACACAUGCGACCUGGGAAACAUCAGGCUCAACCAAUCACUACUGAUCAAGUUCCUCGCGCCCACUCUGUGUCUGCAUGUCUGCCAGUGCUCAUACCUUUUAACCUCUUACGCGAACUCUCUGUUUUAUCGAAUCACCUAUCCCAUUUUGGGGGCCGCGCCUGCUCAUCUGCUCAGGCUGACUAACUAGGCCUGCACCUGGAAAUCCCGCUACCACCUUAUCACAAGCAGUGGAACUGGCACGAGACCAUCUUGUUCUUCUUCUUAAUUUUGUUUCCUGAUUUAUUCUAUCCUGUCUCUUAUUAUCAGCAUUUGGGUGCUGGUUGUUGAUUGUUUGGCUCCAGGGUCUAGACUUGAGGGGGUCUUUCCAUUACGCUACAGUAGCGGGACCACACAAGUGGAGUCAUAGGGCCACCACCACCAGAGAACCAUCAUUCUCUCUGUUCUUCCACUCUAUUCUUCAUCCUCAUUCUCGACAUCGUCCUCUUUGCCCCCUCCACCACCACCACCACCUGCUGUAACCAUCCCACUCUCUUUCUUUAUUUACCCUUUGGUGCUGGGUCAUCAGAAGGGUCGGAAAGAAAACUUGCCUUUUAUUCAUUCAUUCCAUCUUCAAUCUCGACCCUCUCGCCGCUCUCCACUUGACUCACCUUUUCUCCCAGGAAGGCUUCUUCCUCUUGUUCUUCUUCUUCCAGAGCACUGCAGUCCAAGGCCGCUCACUGCCUCUCCCGCGCCUCUCCACGGCGUCGGAUCGCGACGCCUGCUCAAAUCUGCCAUGAGAAACAUGCUCGGCCCUCCCGAUUCGAAGUGACACACAACCUGUUGACCCUGUCUGCGACCAUGUCGGUCCGAAACUCCACAGUCUUCGCCGACGACGCCCAUACCGGGCCUUUGUCCAUCGACACGAGGCGUUCCAGCAUCGAACGCCCCCAGGCCCGGGAGGAUGUAGGCAAGGCCGCUGUCGAGCUCGCCUCCAUCAUGGCCAUCGCCUCCAAUCCCGUCUCCCCCGGCGCCUCCAGCCCGCCCUUGGCCCAGGGCGCCAGGAUGCAAGACUUCUCCCCGCCCACGAGACCGAGCAGUACUCCCUUCCCAGAGCCCGAGCACGGCCAGACAGACAUACGCUGCCUGAGCUGUCCCACAGGGCCAGAGGCCGGCCACCUCCACGGCUACGAUCAUGAACACGACCACAGCCACGACGACGCUGACGCUCCCUCCUCCCUCGAGCCACCCGCCCCUGGCAUCAGUGCCGCCGACCUACCCGAGUCGUCGCUCGCCAUCAACCUGAACGACCUCCCCGCCGAGAUCCACGAGUGCAUACUGGACCACCUGUUCGGCUACAGGGUGUCAGCCACCUCCAAGAGCUCUCUGGGCAUGCCGAGCGUCACCCGAAGCUGGGGCACCGCUCUGAGGCACUCACGUCGGAGGGAGCUGUCCUCCCUGGCGUUGGUGAGCAGCCUCUGGACGGUCCUGGUCCAGGAGAGGCUGUACCGGCACAUCAAGAUCAAGGCUACCGUGCGGUCCCUGAACGAAGCCGUCCAGUACUUUGCCGUCCAUCCACACCUACGACCCUAUGUGAGGCAUAUCGAGCUGUGGUUUGCCGUCUUCCAGCCUAAACAGUCCUCACUUGCAUUAUCUUCGAUCCCUACCCUACCGCCUGUCUCCCUGGACGGGCUGACAAACGCGUCCUACGUGCUACCGAAUGACAACUGCUCUCUCGAGGAGGCCUUCUACUUUGUGAGCGCCACUUUCCCCGAGGUCUGUGUCCUGACUCUUGAGGGCGGAGAGCGCAAGAAGGCGCCCAAGGUCCGCCACUUCAUCGCCGACGGGGGGCGUGACCAGCCGCUGCACGAGAAGCCGCUCCCCAGGAUUCCGCCUGUAAGGACACUGGUGUGCAAGGGCCAGUGGAAUCUGAUCAGGACUGAUAACGAUUUCUUCACCAUCGUCAAUGCCCUGCCGAACCUCCAGGAGUGGCACGGCAACUACAGCAAGGCUAAGUCCAAGAGCUAUCUGAGCAUGGCCGCCAUAUUGCUCAGGCUCCCGUCCAGCUUGACCAGCCUGAGUCUCAAUCUGGAGGGUGUCGAAUACCGAAGGGAGCUGUCCUUCCCGCCCUACUUCCUCAAGGUUUCGAGCGCCCUGCACUUCUGCACCAAGCUGGCUGAGGCCUCGACCAACAUGGAGCACUUCGCCUAUACCGGACGCGUUUGUCGGACCUUCUUCGACCUCUUGUCCAGGCUGGCGGAGCCCCGCAGCUCGCGUCUGAAGUCGAUCGACUUGACCGUGAAGAACUGCUGUCGCCAUGUGGUCCACUGGAACGAGUCGGGAUCGGGCAUCACGGACAUGAACUUCAUCAAUGCGUUUGAGGCGCUUGUCUUGGCGGGCAUCAAGGCUCUGGCGAGACUCAAGGCGGUAGAAUACCUGAGAAUACGAUACGUGGACCUAGACUCCCCUGUACCACCGCUGAACCCCUAUUUCAUCCUUCGCGAUGGCUGGUGUUCCGGUGUCUGGAGUGACGCCAUCAUUCGGGAGCUGAACCGAGCCCGCCCUGACGCCCGCUUCGAGGAUCUUGCAGAGUCAUUUGGUGAGGUGGGCAUCAACAAGGAUGGCAGGAUGGUCAUCUCACCCGAAUUUCCCAAGAGCAGAGUGCUCUCGUUGAAACUCUCCAACUACGCCUAUCUCGCUGGCGGUAUUGCCGUGCCUUGAGGCAUGCUUGGCAAGUAGGGACUGCUCGUCUCGAGUGAGAAGCUGGGGCCGUACAAUGGUUCCGUUCUGCCUUCCCUCACUGCUUGUCUUCCCUUCCUUCCUUUUUCUUUUGUCUUUGCUAUCUCCUUUGAUCUUGUGCGUUUGUGUAAAUGUGUCUCUCUGUGUCUGUGUGUAAGGAGACAAUGUUGAGUAAUUCGGAACAGGUACAGCAAUCCUUUUGCCUUUAUCCCUCUCUUUCUUUUUUUCCUCUUUUUUUUCUUUUGUCAUCGGAAGGCGGCGCCACAUGGAUGCAGAGCACGGCGUUUUGGGUUGCCCUUAAUACAGAUAUCCCUCUGGCAUCAUCGGUCUCGAGGCAUAGAAAGGCGUUUCGGAUAAGGGUUCCCAGUCAGCGGCAGCUGAAAGGGACAAUGGGAAAGAAUUAUCAACUACUGGAUGUCGGCGGUAUGAGGUCAGGGUUUGGGUUUGGGCUGUUGAUAAUAUGUAACGGGUCUCGUCAGAUGCUUCCAGACGAGGAUCUUAAUCAGCGGUGGCUGAGCAAUCUUUUAAAACACUGACGGUCCCGCCAGGUCCCUCUCAGUCGGGCUCAGAAAUUCACAACGGUCUAUCCC